AUGAUAACAUUCCGGCUGUCGAACGGUGUGUACGCGUAUGCGGCCUACCUGGUCCUGAUGGUGUACCUACUGUGGCCGGGGCGUUUUGCCAGCCUGUACGACUACAUCGAGGGUGAGAACAUUUACGAUCAGCUGAUACGCAAAACGACCAAAAACAUCUCGCUGAUGCGUAAUGGACUGCGGUGCGAUUACAGUGAAGUCAUCGAGGAAAAUCUCUCCCUCUAUCGGCCACCGUACACGGAGGAUAUUAUCAAUAACAACGUCCGGCUCGGGGGUGAAUACUAUCCGGAAGAUUGUCUGCCCAGCUUCAGUACCGCCAUCAUCGUACCGUACCGGCAGCGUGAACGGCAGCUGAAUCAGUUCCUCAUCUACAUGCACAACUAUCUCCGCCGGCAGCGCAUACACUACCGAAUAUUCGUGAUUGAGCAGUACGACCCGAAACCGUUCAAUCGCGCCAAACUGUUCAACAUCGGAGCGCUGAUUGCGAUGGGGCUGGACUAUCCGUGUUUGGUGCUGCAUGACGUCGACCUGAUGCCGAUGAAUCUAGGCCAUCUGUACGCUUGCUCACGCAAACCGCGCCACAUGUGUUCGAGCCUGGACGUGUUCCGGUACAAUCUGCCGUACCGUGGCCUGUUCGGUGGUGCGGUAGCCCUCGAAUCGAGCGUGUUUCUCAACAUCAACGGUAUGUCGAACAUGUUCAGUGGAUGGGGCGGUGAGGACGAUGACCUGUACGCGAGAUUGCAGAACAAACAGAUCGAGAUAUGUCGCUUCAGUCCGUCCUACAGUCAGUACUCGAUGUUAAAACACCACAAGGAGGCACCCAACAAGGAUCGGGUCGCGUUUUUGAAGAAUGGCAAAUUGCGCUACCACACGGACGGGCUGAAUUCGCUCGUUUACAAACAGGUCGGCUUCAAGCUGCACAACCUUUUCACGCAUGUACUUGUUGAAACAUAA